AUGCGCAGUAUCCAAUACGCUGUAAAUCGAAGACCGAAACUCGUACGAAUUAGGAGUCGUGGGGAUGACAUCGACCCAAUCCUCGUCGACUUUCUCGACGUACGAAUUACAACUGCUAACGGCUUCAAAACGAACCUCUUUUAUCCGUUUUGUCAACUUUCGGAAGAAUCUCCAGUCAUUAUCGAGGAAGAAUUCCUGCAGAGAGCUGGACGAACAAGAAGAAGUGACCAGUACAAGAGGCACGGUUUUACGUUCUUCAAUCUGCAAGAUUGUAAUGAUUCAGUGUUUGAUCUUGGCACAGCACUCAAAACAUCACGCAAGUUCAACCUGCUUAAUAGACAAAUAUAUAUGCAAGACAUCACACUACUGAUCGAAGGCAACAACAGAUACAAUCAGGAUAAAUCAAAUCAAGGCAAGAAAUCAGAGUGGCUCAAAAGCAUAGAGCAUGCCAUAAGUAGAAUAUCUAGCAUAUUCAAUGCAAGUCAAAAAACGCGAGCAAGUAAAAAAACAGCAUGCAAAAACUUAAAAUUGACAAAACGAAAAUUAGGAAUGAGUAUGUCAACUCACAAGCUCCCGCCUUUCUUUCUUGCUCCUGUCAUUCGAGCGAAUAUUUAA